AAAAAUAUAUGGUGGGAAUCAGGAACUUGCUUUUUCUUUUAGAAUCUGCACUUGACUAUAGAUUUGGCAUUUCAGAAAAGCCAUAAAAGCCAUAAAAGGACAUACUGCUGCCUGGACUCUUUAAGGAAAUCCCAUUUUCCAGCCCCUUGUAGCCUUGUAGACGGGACCCUUCAAGGUCUUUGGAGGCUAAGUUGGUGGGUAUGACAAUGAGGUUCUAUGAAUUCAGUCUAGGGAUGUUUCCGCGGCUCUAACGCGGAGUGGGAGUCAGCCAUUGACUGGUUCUAAUGGGGAAAGGACAGUGAAGUUGCAACUGUUGAAUGUUGGGUGGGAACAGUAGGUCAAAUGUGGCAUCUGACAAAGCAGAUGGUAGGAAGAAUUUUGGGACAAAAUGGCCUUUUUUUUUGGCAAAUAAUAUUAAAUACGAGUAAACAUUUGUUUGUUAGCCCUUUGUGGUCAUGCAGAUGCCAUGGUGGUAUUUUUUUUCUUCUUUAAAGUAAAAUAUUUUCAAAAUGCGGUUUCAUAAGGGACUGAAACUUCUAAAUUCGGUUUUUGAAUUGGAAUUGAUGUUGGUUCUUGUAAAUGUACUUUUAGCUUAAUUAAAAUAAAAAGUGAAAAACAUCAGGUGGCUCCACAUGACAUCAAGAGGACUAUUUUGAUAAUAAGCUUGAAAGGAUUCCUAUAUAUAAUAAUUUUUUUUGUCAUAAACAUCAUUUUGGUUCCACACUCUUAAGUAGGAAAGCAAGAUAAGGCAACUGAUAGAUUAAAUCACAAUUUUUAAGUGGGAUUUUGGACCAAAAAUCUCAGCUUAAGAAUGGAAAAUUUUGUAAUUUGGGGUUUCAAUAUCAUAAGACUUGCAGCAGAUUUGGUAAUUUAGACAGAUAAAUUCUCAAUUUUGGGUUGGGGAAAGAGUUUAGUUUGGACUCAUUUCUAUGUAGUUUUUAUCUAUCUAUAAUGGAAGAGAAUAUAACAGAUAUACCCAAUGUGUACCAACUAUUCUACAAGAAUAACCAAUAUAUAUUAGAUAUAAUGGGCCCACAAGAAGGGAUUUUACCCUCUGAUUUGUGAUCAUAGGAUAGGAGGAACAAACCACCAUAGAUCAGUGAGUGCCUUCCUAUGCUAAUUUUCUUCACCCCACAAAAAUAUUCAAGUCUUCUAAGUCUUCUAAGUCUUCUAUGUAUUGAAGCUUCUUCUCACCUUCCUCAUGGAAAUAGAUAUAUCAAAAAGGAAAAAUAAAAUAGGAAAAAAGGAGAUGGAGGAGGAGGGAGGGAGAGAGGGAGGGGGGUUUUAGAAUUGUUGCAGAGCAAAAAUGGCAGAUGGUGCUGUGAACUUCUUACUAGAGAAACUAACAACCAUCCUAGUGCAAAAAGCCUCAUUACUGGGAGAAGCACAAGGUGAAAUUGAUGAGAUUAAGCUUGAAUUAGAGAGCAUGAGAUCCUUCUUAAGAGAUGCAGAGAGAAGAAAGGAAAGGAGUGAAUCAGUGGAAACAUGGGUCAGGCAAGUGAGGGAAGUUGCAUAUGAAAUUGAGGAUAUCGUUGAUGAGUUCCUACAUCACAAAGAAAGGUGUUGGCAUGGGGAUGGGCUCAAGGGUUUUGUCCAAGGUGUUGUCAACCUGCCCAAGGACAUGACUGCAAGGCACCAAAUCUCUUCAAAGCUGCAGAAGCUUAAGGCAAAGGUUCAUGAAGUUUCAGAGAGAAGCAAGAGGUAUGGUUUUGAUGAGAUCAAUGAAGGAAGAAGACUAGGUGCAGCCUGUGACAGGUGGGGAGAAUUACCCAUCUUUGCUGAUGAAGAUGAGUUAGUAGGGAUGGAAGAAAACACACAGAAAAUGCUUGAAUGGUUGGAAGAAGAUGAACCACACAGGACCAUUUUCUCCAUUGUGGGAAUGGGUGGUUUAGGCAAGACUACUCUGGUCACUAAAGUCUACGAAAAGGUUAAGCGAGACUUUGACUGUUGGGCAUGGAUAUCAGUUUCCCAAACAAAUGGAAGUGGGGAGCUAUUAAGAAGCAUGAUCAAAGAGUUUCUUGAGAUCAAGCAAGUGAUGGUUCCAAGCAACUUGGGGUCAAUGAACUACAUGCGGCUUGUGCGAAUGCUCAUAGACUAUUUGCAUCCAAAAAGGUAUGUUGUCGUCUUAGAUGAUGUAUGGAGCAUAGAUCUUUGGAGUCAAAUCAGAGGUGUCUUCCCUAAUAAUAGAAAUGGAAGCAGAAUUAUCCUCACAACAAGGAAUGAGAAUGUAGCUGCCUCUGUAGGAAUUGGAAACCAAAUUCAUCGCCUUCAGCCCCUCCAAGAUACUGAUGCUUGGGCUCUCUUCUGCAAGAAGGCCUUUUGGAAUGACCUGGGUCGCAGUUGUCCCAAAGAACUGGAACCAUUAGCUCGUGCCAUCAUGAAGAAAUGCGAAGGCCUGCCGCUUGCGAUAGUGGCUGUUGGAGGCCUCAUGUGCUCCAGAAACAAGACAGUUGCGGAAUGGAAGAAGGUUUAUGAAAGCAUCAACUGGCAACUGAGCCACAAUCCCAUGCUUGAACAAGUGAAGAGCAUAUUGUUGUUGAGUUUCAAUGAUUUACCCUUCUACCUAAAGCACUGUUUCUUAUACUGCUGCAUUUUCCCUGAUGGUUAUCCAAUCAAGAGGAAGAAGCUGAUCAGGCUUUGGGUGGCAGAAGGGUUCAUCACAGAAAGAAAAGGUAUGACAAUGGAGGAGAUAGCAGAGGAGUACCUUACAGAGCUGAUUUUUCGAAGCAUGGUCCAAGUUACAGAGACUAAUGAUGAAGGAAGGGUGAAGACAUGCCGAGUACACGACCUCAUGCGUGAACUGGCCAUGACAACAUCUGAGAAGGAGGAUUUCUGCACUGCAUCUGAUGGCAGAGAAACAAGACUAGAAAGGAAGAUCCACCGGUUAUCAGUCUACAACAGAGGUGAAAACAUCAGGUUGAGCGGGAGAAUGUCACGUGGACUCCGCUCUUUCUUCGUCUUUGAGACUGAUGUCUCCUCCCCAUUCUCCCUGAAUGAAGUGUUGGCCAAAUUCAAACUACUGAGGGUCCUUGAUUUGCAGGGAGUUUCCAUUGAAACUGUGCCAAGCUCACUGCUUGGCCUAUUCAAUUUGAGGUACUUAAACCUGAGGGAGACAAAGGUGAGGGAGCUUCCUAAGCCUUUGGAAAGGCUCAAGAAUCUACAGACCUUGGAUGUCCGGAACACCAACAUGGAGAGGCUUCCCAAUGGAGUAUCAAAGCUACUGAAACUACGACAUCUGUACAUGUAUCACAACAAUGAAGGGAGUUCCAGAACUCCCAGCCUUCUCAGAAGCAUGCAGGCUCCUGCAGGAAUAUGGAAUGCCCGGAGCUUGCAGACACUAGUAUGCAUCGAGGCAGAGGAGCAGCUUAUCAAGCAAAUCCAGAACCUGACUGAACUCAGAAGGUUGGAGAUCACUAAUUUGAGAGCAGUUGAUGGGCCAAGACUCUGCGCUUCAGUUCAGAAGAUGACAAGCCUUAUCCGGCUAGGUGUAAUGGCAGCCGAUGGGGAAGAGCUUCAGCUGGCAGCUCUGUCUCUGCCCCCAUUGGUUCUUCAAAAGCUAACACUGGUGGGACGACUAGAUGGCCUACCUCACUGGCUUGGAUCACUGGCAAACCUCACUCACUUGCAUCUGGGCUUGUCUCACCUGCAACAAGAAAUAAUUUCUUCUCUCAAUGCUCUGUACAACCUGGUUUUCCUUCAGCUCAAGAAGGCUUAUGAUGGGGAGGUCCUGGACUUCAGGAUCGGAUGGUUUCCCAGGCUCAACAAACUGAAUUUGCUGGAGCUCAGGCGAUUGGAUAGUGUAAGAGUAGAGGAGGGUGCACUGCCAAGCAUCCAGGAGCUGUAUCUGAUUCGAUGCCCGGCCUUGAAGGUACUUCCUGAGGGGAUUGAAUAUCUUACUGGUCUUCAGAAGUUGCACUUGGAGGAAAUGCCAGAAGAGUUUGUACGAAGGCUGAGAAGUGAUAUUAGUGAAGAUCAAUCAAAGGUUCAACACAUUCCUACAAUCAAUCAUGUAUUUAUGGAAGAUCAAAGUUGGGUAAUUGAGACACUUUAAUGGUUUAA